AUGGACACUGCAACGCAGCGUCCAAAUCCAAAAGUAAAAACAAAACCAGGAAAUGGAUAUUACAUUGCAUUGUCUGAAUCUAAAUGUAAAAAUGAACGCGUUCACAAGGUUCCAACAACUGACAUGGAGGCCCUUAAACCUCUACUCAUGGGUUUGUUUGAAAAGCGCCGUGCAUUCAAGUUCAUUAUAUAUGUUCAAGAUUAUAGUGAAACUGAUCCUAAAACACGUGAGGGAAUGGACUUAACAAGAGUGACAACUAGAGAUUUGAUCGCAAAAUAUGGUCUUGAUGACAACACGGUUGACUUCAUUGGGCAUGCUUUGGCACUUCAUAGGGAUGAUUGCUACCUGAAUGAGCCUGCUCUAGAUAUUGUGAAGAGAAUGAAGUUAGAGUUCAACGAGGAAGGGAAAGUUAUCGGUGUCACAUAUGAAGGGGAAACUACUAAGUGCAAAAAAGUUGUUUGUGAUCCUUCUUACUUGCCUAACAAGGUUAGGAAUGUUGUUAAGGUUGCAAAAGCUAUUGCCAUCAUGAGCCACCCAAUUCCAAACACCAAUGAAUCUCACUCAAUGCAGGUUCUUGAUUUCAGUGUGGACCUAAGUGCUGCAGAAGAAGGAAUAGCAAAGCUGCAUGUGGUGCUUGAAUUGAUAAUUGUGCUUUGUUCCAAGUGCACUGAGCUACUUAAGUUACCUUACCUGUGGCGGUGGUAA